AAAAUCUAUAUAAUAUUAAAUUAGUAGUAAUAAUUCAUAUAUAAAGUCAUACAUAAUGUCCGAAUUUGCUCCUUUGAAGAAUGACUUAAUUCUUCGAGCUGCAAAGGGUGAAAAAGUCGAAAGACCACCUAUUUGGAUAAUGAGACAAGCAGGUCGUUAUCUUCCGGAAUAUCAUGUGGCUAAAGGUAAUAGAGAUUUCUUUGAAACUUGUCGUGAUGCUGAAAUUGCUUCAGAAAUUACUAUUCAACCAAUUGAACAUUUUAAUGGUUUAAUUGAUGCUGCAAUUAUUUUUAGUGAUAUCUUAGUUAUACCUCAAGCUAUGGGAUUUGAAAUUGAAAUGAUUGAAGGAAAAGGUCCAGUAUUUGUUUCUCCAUUAAGAGAUCCUCAAGAUUUAUCUAGAGUUAUUUAUAAGCCAGAUAUUAAAAAAAGUUUAGAUUGGGCAUUUAAAUCAAUUACUUUAACUAGACAUAAAUUACAAGGUAGAGUUCCAUUAUUAGGAUUUGUUGGAGCUCCUUGGACACUUUUAGUAUAUAUGACAGAAGGUCAAGGUUCAAAAAUGUUUAGAUUUGUUAAGGAAUGGAUAUAUAAAUAUGAAAAGGAAACUCAUGAAUUAUUACAAGCAAUUACUGAUGCAUGUAUUGAAUUCUUAGCUCAACAAGUAGUUGCAGGAGCUCAAAUGUUACAAGUAUUUGAUUCUUGGGCUGGUGAACUUGGACCAAAUGAAUUUAAUGAAUUUUCACUUCCUUAUUUAAAACAAAUUGCUGAAAAAUUACCAAAGAGACUUGAAGAAUUAAAUGUUAAAGAAAAAAUCCCAUUAACUGUAUUUGCUAAGGGUGCUUGGUAUGCCUUGGAUGAUUUAUGUGAAUCUGGUUAUGAUACUGUUUCAUUAGAUUGGUUAUAUAAACCAGAAGAUGCAGUAAAAAUUGUUAAUGGUAGAAGAAUUACUUUACAAGGUAAUUUAGAUCCUGGGAUCAUAUAUGGAUCAGAUGAAGUUAUAAGUAAAAAAGUUAAAACUAUGAUUAAAGGUUUUGGAGGAGGAAAACAAAACUAUAUAAUUAAUUUUGGUCAUGGAACUCAUCCAUUCAUGAAGCCAGAAAAGAUUGAACACUUUUUAAAAGAAUGUCAUAAAUAUGGCUCACAAUAAGUACAUAGAACAUUUUAAUAUAUUAUAUGUUAAUAUCUAGUUUAUGUAGUAUAUAAUUAGUAACCUAUCCC